AGAUAGAUAGAUGGAUAGAUAGAUGGAUGGAUGGAUGGAUGGAUGGAUAGAUAGAUAGAUAGAUAGAUAGAUAGAUAGAUAGAUAGAUAGAUAGAUAGAUAGAUAGAUAGAUAGAUAGAUAGAUAGAUAGAUAGAUAGAUAGAUAGAUAGAUGGAUGGAUGGAUGGAUGGAUGGAUGGAUGGAUGGAUGGAUGGAUGGAUGGAUGGAUGGAUGGAUGGAUGGAUGGAUGUGUGGGUUGCAGAGUCAGCAGUGUGUCCAUCACUCAGACUAAUAAAGUAGAUUGACAUGCUGCUCUGAGGCCAGAAUAGCUCUCACCUUUUUAUUUUAUUUACACCAUUAAGAAUAUUGGUCACUCUUUCUGUCUGCCAUUUCCAAUCCGUCCCGUUUCUGAACUCUCUUAAAAAUAGAAGCUGCGAAGGGCCGUAAGGAUGAAACACUUGAGGAGCCGCAGUGGGCAUCGUGGGAAAUAAAUCUCAGCAGCCUCUUAAAUAAAUUAAUUAAGUGGGCAAUUUGCCUGGCCGACUCAUCCCGCAAGCUCUAACACAAAGUACCGUUUUCCCACCUGCGUUCGGUGGGAUUUAUGAACUCGUCUGGAUUACAUCCCAUCCCUGACGCACAGACCCGCAUCUGUCUUUCAGUUUUAUUGAUACAUUAAUUUAUCCUCUGUGAAUUUACAAGCACAGGAUAUGUAAAAGGUGGGGAGGAGAUGACAUGGCCAGUGAUGAAGAGUAUAUAAGUCCAGGACAGACAGUUUGAGAUGAGAUCUCCUGGCUGAAGUCGCACAAGAAAGAGUUGGUGUGUGUCUACGUGUCAUCAUGAUGUGUAAACUGUUUCUGUUUUUUGCCUUGCUUCUCACCAUCCUGGAGCCUCUGCUGGGGCAUCCGGUGGUCCAUCCGGCAGAGAUGAGCUACACCAGGCCUGUUCUUGUAGAAGAGGAGCAGGCGGUCAGUCCAGAAGACCUGAGUUACUCGGAACAAGCGUAUCUGUCCCAGGGUGCCGCGGGGUUCGGUUACCCGUCCCUCAUCACCGGAGACAUCAGCAGUGAUGGCCUCAGAACAGCUGGAUUUGUCCCGAGUCAAGCUGUAAAAGACGUCUUGCUUGAAAAGCAGUUGUUGAAUCCUCUGAGUCGUUUCUUGGGUGGCCGGAAGCAGUACCGCAAGCGAGGCAGUAACACUGAAUGUUUCUGGAAAUACUGUGUGUGAAUCAGCCAGUGGAAAAACACUUACAUGCUCCUGUGUACAUGCUAGUGUUCUCAUGAGCUUUACCUGUCGUUUUCAACACCCGUGCACAAACUUUGUGGGCCUGGUGCACUAAACUUGCAAAAAAUAGAUUUAUGUUUGUAGGAAAAAUAGCUGAAAAUGUAUUUGUACAUACCUGCUCUUUAGCUUCGAUGUAAAUAAAGUAAAUAUGUUUAAGAAAAA